CAGACGCGACGGGCAGGAUUCCCAGGGACAUCCCGAGGAUGGGUCUGCUCCUGCGGGCAUUCUGGCUCCUGCUAGCCCCUCUCUGGGUCUCAGCUUCCAGCCCCAAGCCCCUCUCCACAGAUAACCUGCUAGUGAUCACUGUGGCAACCAAGGAGACAGAAGGCUACAAGCGUUUCAUCCAGACGGCAAAAUAUUUUAACUACACUGUCAAGACCCUGGGACUAGGCCAAGAGUGGAAGGGUGGUGAUGUGGCUCGGACAGUAGGAGGUGGCCAGAAAGUGCGGUGGCUACAAAAGGAGAUGAUAAAACAUGAACCCCGGGAGGAUCUGAUCGUGAUGUUUGUUGACAGUUACGAUGUCAUCUUUGCCGGCUCUCCCCUGGAACUGCUGAAGAAGUUCGUACUGUUUAAUCACCAGGUGGUCUUCGCUGCAGAAGGAUUUAUCUGGCCGGAUGAGGCCCUGGCGGAUAAGUAUCCACCUGUCCGUAACGGGAAGCGAUACCUCAAUUCCGGAGGUUUUAUCGGCUAUGCCUCAGUCAUCAACAGCAUUGUGCAGCAUUGGAAGUUCAAGGACGACGAUGAUGACCAGCUUUUCUACACUAAGAUUUACCUCAGCCCCAAACUGAGGGAAAAGUACAAGAUGGCUCUGGAUCACCAGUCGACAAUCUUUCAAAACCUCAACGGUGCUUUAGACGAAGUUGUCAUCAAGUUUGAGAAGGGAAAGGCCAGAAUCCGUAACAUAGCCCAGGACACGCUGCCAGUCAUCAUCCACGGCAAUGGGCCAACCAAGCUGCAGCUGAACUAUUUGGGGAAUUAUAUUCCGAAUGCCUGGAACCACGAGACUGGAUGUGGAAUAUGUGACGAGGACUUGUUAGACCUGACACAGCUACAGGAGGAAGACUAUCCUCAGGUCCUGAUUGCAGUCUUCAUCCUGCAGCCCACCCCAUUCCUCCCAGAAUUUCUGGAACGCCUUGCUGCCCUGGAAUACCCCCUGGAACAGCGGAGCCUCUUCAUCUAUAACAAGGAGGUUUACCACGAAAAACACAUCCAGAUGUUCUGGGAGGAACACCAGGAGGAUUUCUACAGCAUUAAAAUCGUUGGCCCUGAGGAGGAAUUGACGGAGGGUGAAGCCAGGGACAUGGGGAUGCACGUGUGUCGCCAGGACCCGGACUGCGACUAUUAUUUCAGCCUGGAUGCUGACGUGGCCCUCAGUAAUCCAGAAACCCUGAAGAUCCUCAUUGAACACAAUCGGUUCGUGAUCGCGCCAAUGGUCAGUCGUCACGGCAAGCUGUGGUCCAACUUCUGGGGCGCAGUAAACGCUGACGGCUACUACAGCCGCUCGGAGGACUACAUCGAAAUCGUGCAGUUGAAGAGAGUUGGUAUCUGGAAUGUUCCGUACGUCUCGCAGGCUUACCUGAUCAAAGGGGAGGUUCUGCGCAAUGAACUGAGACAGAAGAAUGUCUUUACACAGGACGACCUCGAUCCUGAUAUGAUCUUCUGCAAGAAUCUCCGCAGAAAGGCACUCUUCAUGUAUGUGACGAAUCUCGAUGACUUUGGUCACCUUCUGUCACUCUCCAAUUACAAUACCAGCCACCUUCACAAUGAUCUGUGGCAAAUCUUCACCAACCCAGAAGAUUGGAAAGAGAAAUAUAUUCAUGAGAAUUACUCCCGGAUUUUCAGUGAGAAUCUCGUGCAGCAGCCGUGUCCUGAUGUCUACUGGUUCCCCAUUCUCUCUGAACGAGCCUGUGAUGAGUUGGUGCAAGAACUGGAGCAUUAUGGCCAGUGGUCUGGAGGAAAACAUGAGGACUCGCGGCUCAGCGGAGGUUACGAGAACGUCCCGACCGUUGACAUUCACCUGAAGCAGGUCGGCUUUGAGAGGGAAUGGCUGAAGUUCCUGAGGAAGUACAUUGCCCCUGUGACAGAGAAGUUAUAUCCUGGUUAUUAUACCAAGGCCGAGGCGGUGAUGAACUUCAUGGUCCGGUAUCGUCCGGAUGAGCAGCCAUCGCUCCGGCCUCAUCACGAUUCGUCAACGUUCACCAUCAACAUUGCCCUCAACACCAAGGGCGUUGACUAUGAGGGUGGAGGUUGCAGGUUCCUGAGGUACAACUGCUCGAUCGAGGCUCCCCGUAAGGGAUGGUCCCUCAUGCACCCCGGCCGACUCACCCACUUCCACGAGGGCCUGCCCACCACCCGGGGGACUCGCUACAUCAUGGUUUCCUUUGUGGACCCUUGACGGGGUCGGAGGGAGGGACGAGUGAUUGGACUGGCGGAGGCUGAUGACUUGAACAGAGGCCUUUUCCGAAGCCACUCCCUGACGCGAUGACACCUCACUUGACAAUGAAGAGCAACCUGACCAGAAACUGCCUUCCAGUGGCCACCCGCCCCUCCACCCACUCGAAGCGCACUUCUCAAAACUCCCAACCAAAGCCCCCUUCCUCGUUAGCCUUCUCUGUGGGACCUGUUGCCCUUCACCCCUGGUGGUGUCACCACCGUAGAUCGCCUGAGGGACCCACUCCACCCAUUGGCAAUCGUCAACUUCAACCUCUGAGCCCAAUAAGAAGGACAAGGACUCUGGACACCAAGCGUUGGAUAAACUGAUGGCCCCACGUUGCAGCUGCCUGAUCCUUUAGGAAACUGGAGCAGGAGAAUGCUACUUCACCCCCUCCAAUCCUUCUCCAUUAAAUCAUCAAGAGUAUGGCUGAUCUACUACCUCAACCCGAAGAUCCCUCGUUUCCCUUAAUGACUUUUUAAAAAGAAAAUCUCAGUCUCGAACGUACUCGCUGAGUGAAAAAAAUCCCGCCCCAUCUCAGUUCUGACACUGUCCUCCUCGGGCCUAGGCAUCCACCACCCACCUCCCCUGCCCUGGGCGAGAGGCCUACCCAUAUAGAGCUAUCAAGCUCAUUUAGCCUUGUACAGGUGUCUCAGUGAGACUGUCUAUCAGAUGUAGGCUGCUCCUAAAAAACCAUUCUUUCAUGAGAUUUGGCGAGGCCAGCAUUUGGCAACUUCGAAGCUCAUGUCGCCUCAGUUCAGACGUUUGAAAAGUGAACCAGCAGCUUGUAACCGUGUAACUCCUUCCCAACACGAGGGUUUUCCCAUUCUCUUCCACAGGGUGUGGCCAUCAAUGGGGAAGGGUCAGCUUUUAUUGCCCAUCCCUCAAUUACCCUUGAAGUGAGAUGCUCGCUCGGACAUUUCAGAGAAUCGUUAAGAGUCUACCACGUUGUUGUGGGCCUGGAACCACGUGUAGGCCAGACCGGCUAAGAAUGUCAGAUUUCUUCCUCUUAAAGAAAACCAGUCUCGUUUCUACAACAAUCGGUGGUCACCAUCAGAGACUGGAUUUUGAUUCCAGGAUUUUAACAGGUUAAAUUCAUCUUGGCAGGAUCUGAAUCUGCGCCUGUUUCCCUGAGCCAUAACCUGGGAUCUCUGACUUACAGGUUCAGUUCAUUCCGAGAUCGUUUCCCCCUCUUCUAUCCCGGGUGCUCUCGUAUUACCGUGGGCGGCAUGGUGGCACAGUGGUUAGCACUGCAGCCUCACAGCGCCAGAGACCCGGGUUCAAUUCCCGCCUCAGGCGACUGACUGUGUGGAGUUUGCACGUUCUCCCUGUGUCUGCAUGGGUGUGCUCCGGUUUCCUCCCACAGUCCAAAGAUGUGCGAAUUGGCCAUGCUAAAUUGCCUGUAGUGUUAGGUAGGGGGUAUGGGUGGGUUGCGCUUCGGCGGGUCGGUGUGGACUUGUUGGGCCGAAGGGCCUGUUUCCACACUGUAAGUAAUCUAAUCUAUAACGUCAAUUCCCCACGAUCAGAUGACCCAGCCUCAGCCUAUCAGUGACCACCUUGUCAUUUUCCAUUUUGGUUUAAUACAAAACAAAAAUGAUCUUCUCCUGCAGAGGGGCGUAGGGAGAGUUCAGUCAGGUUGUGGUGUGGGGGGGGGGGGCAUGACCCUCCUCCCCCCAAGUUUAAAUCAAGCCAUUCAGGGACAUUUUCAGACAGAGGAGUGGAGAUCUGCAAAUCCGUUUCCCCCUCCCUUCCCACAAACCCACACACACCUCCUACAACAACUCCCCCCCACACCCCCUGAAAGCUCGACACUGUGAGAUCGACAGAUUCUGGUUGGGUAAGGGUUAGGGAUCCAGGCAGGUGGAUGGAGCUAACACACUGAUCAGCCACGGCCAUCAUGCUUGAGGGGCCGAAUGGCUCCGUCUCCAUCUCCUCAGUUUGUCCUCGAUCUUUCAAGCAGUUUCCCAGCAGCCACCACUUCACCUGUCAGUCCAGGAUCAUCUAAUGCUUAUGCACAGAGGCACAGAUUUGGGAACAUAGACGGCAGAUUAUCAUUUGGAUGGGAGACCGCCUGAGAAUAGCAGGUGCUGUAGACCACCGGGGCCCUCUUGUAACACAGUAGUAGUAUCCCUACCCCUGGAUCAGGAGGCCUGGCUUCAGGUCACACUUGCUCCAGUGGUGUCUAGUAGCAUCUCUGAACAGGUUGAUUAGGUAAAGAAUAGGUUAAAUGUACUAAAGAAAAAACUAGAGGGCAAAUGUUUUGUCCCAUUGCACCUGCAGCCAACAGAAAAGGAUAGGUCUCAGGUGUGAUGGUAAUAGUAAGGUUUGAGGGCAGAGAGGAUUGUUUGGAGUGUGGGACGAUUAGUGAAUCAGCCCGUGCUCUUCAGCCUGACCUACUAUUUUGCAAGUACACCGUCCAGGACAAAGCAGCUACGCUUGACUGUAGCCCAUCCAGCACUCUUUCCAACAUUGGCUCAGUGGGGGGACUGUCCACCACCUACAAGUGAGCUGUGUGAGCCCCUCAAGGUUCCUCUGAUAGCACCUUCCAACUCAUGACCUCUACCAGCUAGGACAACAGCAGCUGAUAGGUGGGGACUCCACCACCUGCAAGUUCCCCUCCAGCAUCCCUUCAGUGUUGCUGGGACAAUACCCUGAAGCUCCCUCCCUCACAGCACUUUGAAUGUCCCUAUACCAGGCAGACUACAGAGGUUCAAGAGGGCAGAUCACUACCACCGUAUCCAGGAGACUUAGGGGUGAGCAAUAAAUGUUGGCCCAGCCAAUGUAGCCCACAUCUCAGGAAUGAAUAUAUUUUUAAUAAAAACAUUGAUUCGAUA